AUGCCACCCACCCUCACAAUAAACUCACCGAUUGUAAACCUCCCACCCGAACUCUUGGCCAAGUUUUGCUCUUAUUUAUCACCAAAUGAUUUAUUCAAACUUUCUAAAGUAUGUCGUAAAUUCUAUUGUUACCUAAGUGCACCAAAUUCCUUUUCUACCCAACAAAUAUGGAAGAAAUCUCGCUUAACGUUUAUGGGGCAUGUAUGUAAGCAUUGCACGAUUUAUUGGGCAUUUGGAGUUAGAUGUUGUUCUGAAUGUUUCAAUGAGAAAACUGUGACAAACAUUAUGGAUUAUCCACAGGAACUAAUUGAUAUUAUGCCAUUUUAUAACAAAUAUGAUGACAAAUAUUAUUGGAAAGAACAAUUAGAUUUGGAACUUAAUCAAUACAUGUCAAUUUCUCAUGGUCGUUUGUCGAAUUUAGAAUCUUG